AGCUAUUAUCUGGCUAUGUUGAAGUGUUAGAAUUAAAAGGCACAAGUAUGAAAAUCAGCAGCAUAUGAUGAAUCCAGCAACGAAUAUUUUAUGCUCAGUUAAUGCUAAUAAUAGAGACAAUAGACCCAGCAGCCUCAAAUUGUAGAUGAAAUUUGGCCUGAAGUCCAGCUUCAUGGUCGCACUGGUCGCCUCAAUUGCACAGUUGUUCGUUUGAAUCAAAAUGUUGUGACGUGGUACCAUGUUAAUUUCAGACAGACCAUUUCUGUUGGUGAAACUAUUGAGGUCAUGAAAAAUGAAGUCAUUGGUGGUUUAAAGAAGUAUGAGGUUCAGCGCAAGAAACUAGGAGAUCGUGAUACCUUCAUGUUGAUCAUUCGACGCCUUCGCCAGGAAGAUGCAGGCUAUUACAAAUGUACAGUUCGUAUACAGGCUGUGAACAAUGACCUAUGGCCAACUAAACUGGGCCAGUUGACUGUUCAAGCUUCUCCAAAAAUUAGGAUAAGUGGCACAACUACCGUUCUGCAAGCUCACAGGGGACAUAAUUCAAGUCUGCAAUGUUCUGCCACUGGAAUACCAUACCCUAACAUUACAUGGGUUCGAUUAGAUGGUGGAUUGUUGCCCGUGCUGCCAACACCUGUGGCUCAGUUCAGAAGUGAACGACUUCCCUUGGUGAAUGUUGAUAUACAGCAUAUGGGCAUUUACCGCUGUGUGGCUGAUAAUUUUAUCAAACCUCCAGCGGAACAUCUGUCUCAACUUUUGGUGUUCCAUGCUCCAAGAACAAGAGUAGUACAAAACUCUGUUGGUCAAGCACAGAAUAGAAGGUUUUCUGCCAAGUUGGAAUGCAUUGUGCAAGGUCAUCCAGAGCCAACCGUUACAUGGGAGCGUGUGAUCAACAAUGGACGUGUUAGGAUAACAGAUAACCAAAAGUUUGAUAUCAACAAGCAGACAAAAGACUUGCAGAACUUAAUGGCCAUGGAGAGCUGGUAUUCUCUGAAGAUCAUCAAUGUCCAGGCUAAUGACUACACGACUUACUACUGUAUAGCUGAGAACAACUUCGGUAGAGCUAAUUCAACUUUUGUGCUUUUUGAAACCACUGAAUGCCAGGGAGCCAACUGUCCAUCUUUACCUCCAUCAGCAGCAACGUCAACAUUUUCCAUCAACCCAGUAUUUUUAUUUCCCUUAUUCAUUUCUAUAGAGGUAUUAUUGUUAUAGAUUAGGUUUAUUAAAUAACUUUUCUUUUUCAUCUGCAAGAAACCUGGUGAUUUAAACAAAUUCAGAAACAAAACUAAAAGCAAUGUUUCUAUGCAAGACAUUUUUUUUUGUUGAAACCAUAUUUAAAUCUGAAAAAGUGCCAAUUUAACAUUCCAUUGAACAUUUGAUAUACCAAUCUUCAAUAUUAUAUUUUUAACCCAAAAGUUCCCACUGCAUUACAGAGCCAUUUUACAGUCUGUGCCAAACAUGGGCAGGAAAGUAGUUUAUAAUAUAAUAUAAUAAUAUUUUUUUUAAUUUUUAAAACUUUCCUAUAAGGAGAGCCCAUUAUGACUCAUUUAGAAUAAGAAAAAUAAGAAAGUUGGGACUCCUUUUUUACUGAAAACUGGAUUAGUAUCACAUUUUAUUAAGUUUUAAAGAACUUUUUGAAAAAACAGACCCCAAUGUAUAAGCCCCCACUAGGUAAAAUGAGUAUUUUGAAGCUUUUUUUUUCUAAAGGUAUUCAAAGUAAAUUUUUUUUUUAAACAAGACAUAAUUAUCUAUUUUUAAAUUGUUUAUUUAUUAGUAUUGUUCUUAAAUUUUAAAUUAUUAUUUUUAAUAUUUAUAAACAUGUUUUUAUUCAGAGCUACCUCUCCUUCCUUCUGUUUUGGAAAAGGAUUAUUGAACCUGGAAAUAGGUGCUAUUGGGUUAAGGAAUAAAUUACUUAUUAGGAAAAAAGAAAAAUUGAUGCCUCAGUAUUAUCUGUUUCUAUUUAGUGUUUACUACAAAAUAAAAAGUAAGAUUGUGAAUGAGAGAACAAUUAUUUUUUAAAUUGAUCCAUUUGUAUUUGGAUCACCUAAAUUUUCUAAAUCUUCUUCUAAUAUUAUAUUAAAUUUUUAUAUGUAAAUAUAUCCACCACAACUUAUUUUUUUUAUAAAUAUUAUAAUAAGUGCAGAAUGGAUGCAAUACAACAUAUAUAUACAAAUACUUUUAUCUUUAUGAUGGUUCUCUAGUCAUAUCUUUUUUUUAGUAUCUUAAUGUAAGAUAGUAUCAUGUCACUCUUGAGAUCAUGUUACUCUUGACUAGCUAGUUCUUAUUUUAUCACAUUAAUGAAAGUCAAAAUUGGCAGUUAACUAAAUGUACCAAGUCUACAAGUAUAAAUCCGAAAUUAGAAUUUUAUUAAAGCCAAAAACAAACAAAAAAUUAAGGUUAAAAUAAACAAAAAUCUUAACAAGAUAAUGUUGUUUUUUUGCAUAAACAGUAUCAAUUAAGCAUAAAGUUAUACUUUUGACUAUCACUUAAGCUUAAAGUUAUAUUUUUGACUAUCAGCUGCUGAAGCUUGUUGUUCAUUGGCAUAGCUGAAACAAACAAAAAAUAAUCCAUAAGAAAGAGUAGACAUUAAUUCAAUGGCAUGUUAACACAGUAUAAAAUUUGUUUGUUAAGAAUUUUUACCUCUGUAGGUUUAUUUCUAUUUGAGCAUUACUUUCCAUCAGCUGGUCUUUAUAAAAUCUGACAGUUGCUUCAUCAGAUAAAAUCUUGCGACUUGAGUCUUGACCACAAAGUAUCAUGACAUACAAAUCUGGAUCAGCAACAUUGUUUUGAAAUAAUAUAUUUUCUUUUUCCUGUGAAAAUCAAAUUUCUGCUACAUAUUGCAGCCAAGAACAGAACAAAGAAAAAAUAGCUGGAGAAACUAAUUUAAUAUUCAGAAUCUGCCUCAAUUUUUAUGCUUACUAAUGUUCUACAUAAUCUAUAUAUUUACUUUUAAAAAGGCAUGUUACUUAUGUUUGUUCAGAAAUAAAGAAUGUUUUCAAAUUACUCAUUUCAGAAAA